AUUAUUUUUUUGCGUUACCUACCGACUUUUGAUGUGUUAAUUUUCUGGGAUUUUUAUACCUAUAAUGUGUUAGUAGAAUAGAAUUGUAUUUAAGUAUACCGGGGUGGUGGGUUACCGUAAAAUGCUGACUAUGUCUACGUUGAUGAUGCCCGCCGCUACGAUGACCACGAUGACUAACGCUGGCCCGAUACCAGUGGCAGCCGCUACCAAGCUGGAGCCGAAGCUGCUCCAGCUACCGCAUCCAGCUCUGAUGCAGCAGAUGCCUCAGCAGCCGCAGCCGCACCAUCAUCAGCAUCAGCACAAUAAUAAUAAACUUGAACAUUACCACAUUUUCGUGGGCGACCUGAGUCCGGAAAUUGAAACGCAGAGCCUUCGAGAUGCGUUUGCGCCGUUCGGAGAGAUUUCGGACUGCAGAGUGGUCAGAGAUCCGCAGACACUCAAAUCUAAGGGUUACGGGUUCGUUUCGUUCUUGAAAAAAUCCGAGGCGGAGUCAGCAAUUACGUCGAUGAACGGCCAGUGGCUUGGGUCCAGGUCUAUACGGACCAACUGGGCCACCAGGAAACCGCCCGCGCCCAAAAAUGAACUGAACUCCAAACCGCUGACCUUCGACGAGGUAUAUAACCAGAGUUCUCCGACCAACUGCACGGUGUACUGCGGUGGUCUUACCACGGGCCUGACUGAGGAGCUGAUGCAGAAGACCUUCCAGCCAUUCGGCACCAUCCAGGAGAUAAGGGUCUUCAAGGACAAGGGAUACGCUUUCAUUAGAUUCUCAACAAAGGAGAGCGCCACCCACGCGAUCGUGGCCGUCCACAACACGGACGUGAACGGUCAGCCGGUCAAGUGUUCCUGGGGGAAGGAGUCUGGGGACCCCAACAAUGCUCAGACCCAAGGCCAGCUAAGUGGCACAGCGUAUAGUCCAUUUGGCACGGCGUACACAGCGGGCGGAGUUCCCCCCACAUCAUACUGGUACAAUACGUAUCCCCAACAGCUUGGAGGGUUUCUCCAGGGGGUACAAGGGGUACAGGGGUACUCUUACGCGGGGCAAUUCGCGGGCUACCAGCAGCAGUAUAUGGGCAUGGGCGGCGUCCAGUUGCCGUGGGCGCUGGGCGGGGGAGUGGGGGGAGUAGGCUCGGUGGGGGGAGUGGCGGCUAUGUCGCAGCCCCCCCAGGUGCUCCACUACCCUGUACAGCACUUCCAGGUGCAACCAGCACAGAUCGGUGAGGACGAGUGGCUGGCACCGAGCCUGCUGGUGUGA